AGCCCAGCAUAAUGGUAAAGUAAACAAUGGAAGAUUAUUGAUAAUAAAGCAGUGAGGGAUGGCUCGAGAUUGGUUGUCCAAAUGUCCAAACGAGGACGACUCUAGAUGUCAAACCCUGACAAUUAUCAGAGUUCUGUUUGGCACGUCCUCCUUUGUUCUGAGUUUGUUUGUGAUAUUCGUGAUAUGGCUGUUCAAGAAGUAUCUAUUCUUCUCACAGCGCCUAAUCCUUUACCUGAGCAUAGCUACGCUUUGUGACUCAGUUCCUUACAUGAUGGGCACUAUUGCUAAUCCUUUCGGGUGCAAAUUUCAGGGAUUCCUGAUGACAUAUUUCGACUGGACGUGUGUAGCCUGGAUAAUUGUAAUAACAGCCAACAUGUAUCGUCUUGUAAAAGAAGAGCUAAGCUUCGAGUCCUCCGAGUCAUUAUUUCACUUGGCUUGCUGGUUUCUGCCUGGCAUUGUGGCGGGAAUUCCUUUUAUUUGGGACGCUUACGGGCACUCUGGUCCCUGGUGUUGGAUAAAAGGAGACACCAAGAUGGAACAAACGCUGAGGUUUUUAGUUUGGUACGGUCCAGUUAUGGCGAUUGUAAUCACGCUCACUGUCAUGCUGAUAUAUCUGCGAGUACACACCAAGCGACAGAAUCGAACGUAUGCAGCAUAUAACCCAGAAGAAGAGGAUGCCAAGUCCAGAAAAUGGCGGGAAGUCCGAGUUCUGUUCUUGUAUCCGCUAGUCUUUAUCAUCAUCUCUGUAUGUCCUCUCAUCACCAGGAUACAAAUGGCUCUAAACGACCAGACAUCUUUCCCGCUGGUCUUGCUGGCAAGCAUGUCCGCUCCUCUACUAGGUGCCGUAAAUACUCUACUCUACUCCUGCGGUGCUGAUAUGAGACAACAGAUAAGACCCUCUUUUAUAUGGCAAGAGCUGAAGCAUCGGAAACGACAGACUCUGGCUGAAAACUACAACUUUGCUGAGGAAAACUCGGGUAAUCCAACUAGAAGCGACGCAGUUGUUCCUUACGACCAGUAGCACUGAGCACAAGGGUGGACUCAUAUCUAAUAUCCAGAGAAAACGACCCCGAGGCCGAAGGAUGAGCAAGCUGCUCUAUUAUUUCCAAAUUUCUUAUUAUCCUCCCGGACAUUAUUUUAACCCCAUUGUUUUAGUCCGAAUUAAAUUGCUUUAUAUAUGACUUGUUUCAUGAACUAAUAUGAAGCGGUUAAUGUCACUGCGCUGGUAAAAGUAUAAUGUUUUAGUGGGACUUUGUUUUGUAUGUAUCGUGUUUUAUACGCAGUGGGAUUUUUGUAAUGUUUCGGACAGUUUUAUUAUUCAGGUCACUUUAUGGGUACAGUUUUACUUACCUAUUGAAAUGGAAAAUAUGUAUUAAUAUGAAGCAAGGCUGUGAAAACCAAGUUUUCAGUUUAAGAAGGAGCAAUCUCUGAAUCCUUAUCAUUGUAGUCCAUGUUUUAACUCCGAAAGAAUUUGAAUUCAUUUCAUGGGCGAGAGAUCUUAGUUAAGACGGUUUAUGAUUCAUUAUUAUGCAAAGUAUAUGAAAAUUAUGUUUAUUGGUAUGUUUGUAUAGAGUGUUAAAUGUUACGGCUGACAUAUCUGUGUAAAUUUUUGAAACUCUGUUCAGUAGCUUUAAAUUGAAUGUUAAUACUCAUAAUUAUUAUAUUUUGUUUUGUAUCUUAGGCCCCAGAUCUACCUCGGUGGCCCUCAAGAGUAUAUUUCACGAAAUUGUUUUCUGAAGGUUGAUUUUAAAUUUAACCCCGACUCGGUUCAAUCAUUUCGGAUCUGAAAACCACUUAAGGCCUGUAGCCAGUGAGGUAGUUAAUGUUAAUUUUAGAGAUAAAUAUUAUCAUUGACGUUACUUUUAAUCUCAUUCGAAGUAAUUUUCAAGCCAA